CUCGAUGAGAGCGCGCAAACAACAUGCACGCACCAAAAGUUAGAGGCUGCCAAAAUUACCAUUAAAUUAAUGCAUCUUUUGUGUACUUAGCUUGGGAUUUAUGAGUGUAUGAGGCUGCGGGAGGACCAGCGUUACUAAACAUGCCUAUUUAUGGAGACGACACGGAGUAUCCGGAGAUCCCAAUGUAUCAACGGGUUAUGGGUAUGGGUAUGUUUGAGGCUCGUCCUGGUUUCCAAAGAGUCGUAAGAAUUGGCCUUGUUGCGAAUAUUGGAUACAACGAUGAUGAUGAGGAGGAUACAGAAAGGCAUAAUUAUGGCACUGACAACUGGGCACAUGGUCAUAACAAUUUCCAUGGAUACUCGAGGGUCUCUGACAAUAGUAGUGGUAGAGGAUUAAGUGGAAACCGUACAAGGCCAUCUACCAAUAUUUAUAAGCUUCCACUGCACUACUACGCUUCAUCUUGUGAAAUUCCUUGCCCGCCCUCUGAAAAAGUUCAGGCAAAGGAGAGCGACUCUGAAAGAAGAGAAAGAUUAUUAGAAGAAGAGAAAAGGGUCAAGGAAAAGGCUGAGAAGAAGCGAAUUAAGAAACAGAACCGAAAGGAGAGAAAGCGGCUUGAGAAGUUGGAGAGGGAAAAACAGAACCCCGUAAAACACAUAGAGGGAAAAGACAAUGCACAAGCAGAAUCUAAAAACAACUUUUCCGCUGAUAAACAGUCGGCCUCAGCAAAGGAUACAGACAGCAGUGACAGCAGUGAAGACGAAGUCAGUGAUGAAGAUAGCGACACCAAGAAUGACUCGGACAACUCUGAGGAACUGGACAUGACGAGUACUUUUGUGAGUAAAGCCGCUCUUAUUGCCAGGCGCAAAUUGGAUCAGAAGCCCAGGCCUGAGAAGAAGGACAAGAAGAAGAUCUCGGUCAAAGAAGAACCUAAAACCGUCCCUGACAAACCAAUUGAAGACCCGGAGGUUGAGAAGAAGGAUUCUGCCGCUCCAAGGAGCCCCACUUUUGAAGAUAAUGUAAAAAUAAGCACUGAACUUGCAGUUAUUGGAAAUAGGUUUGCAAGUGCUGGAGACUUUAAUAUGGCUGUGAAGUAUUUCACUGAUGCAAUUAGGUACAACCCUACAGAGUUUAAGUUAUUUGGCAAUCGUUCCUUCUGUUUCGAAAAGAUGCUCCAAUAUGACAAGGCACUGACUGACGCGGAGUUGUCUCUCAGCAUGUGUCCAGGCUGGGUUAAAGGCCUGUUUAGGAGGGGCAGAGCUUUGGCAGGUCUAAAGAGGUAUGUGGAGGCUGCCCAGGCCUUCAGGGAGGUCCUCAAACUGGACAGUUCAUGUGCAGAAGCUGCCCAGGAACUGAUGAGGGUGCAGAUAACACAACUAAUGGAGUGUGGUUUCACUCGGGAGCAGAGCUCAAACGCUUUAAUUAUUCACGGGACAGUAAAAAAGGCAUUAGAGGUGCUGUCCAAAUUAAACAAUCAACCAGGAGCUAUUCAAAACGGCACUCUCCAACCAGCUCAAGUAGCAAAUGUCACCGGAGUGUCACCAGUCCUUUCAGCCAACACAAUCCCUCCUCAUCCUCACUCCCAUGAUGCACCAAAAACAGCAUUUAUCAACAAACCUUUGGGCCCAGUCCAAAAUAUGUCCAAUGUCCAGAGUCAACCAAAGCCCCUUCCUAACCCGGCCAUGAAGAGCAGCUAUAAAGACGCUCCUACACCACAGGAGCUGUUUCCAGUUUGGGUAGGAAACUUGGUCGGCCAACUGAAUGAGUCCUUAAUAACCAACAUGUUUAACAAGGUUGGGGAUGUCUAUAGUGUGAAACUUCUGAUUGCAAAACGAUGUGCCUUCGUAAACUUUACAAAACAAGAGGAUUGUGAUGAAGCAAUCCGACGCUUGCAUGGCUUUGAGCUUAACGGCAUGAAGAUUGCUGUGAGGUACCCAGACAGGAUUCCUUCGGGCAUGGGCAUCUCCAGAGCGGCCCUCAGAGCUGAUGGCCUGCAAGAUGAGAAUAUGUUGCAAAAUGAGUAUGUUGACGGGAGGAAUGCAGUUGGAGGUCGGAGACCUUUUCGCCCUUACAGACACAUGGCAGACACCAGAGGCAACCACAAGUACUGAAACAGGAUGCUUUGACUGUCCUUCACAAUAAAAGCAGAAUCACUUAUACUGUCCAGUACAGACUGUUCACUAGUAUCUAUAAAGGUUUCAUGGCUUUACUUCCUUUUAAAGUAUUACCAGUAUUUGUUUUUAAUGUGCCAUUGGAACCAGUGCUAAUUUUGUAGAUAUUUUUAGAAUGAAUGUAGGUACAAGUCACUGAAAAUGAUUCCUACUGAUUUAAACAAAUAAUAAUCUUCGAUAUUUUGUAUGCAGCUGGUUUUAACUGAUAUUUUAAAUGUCGGCAAAUUUGCUUCAAAUUUACGAGCAAAAUGAUGGUAAGGUGUUUAAACUAUAUUGAACACACUGAAGGAGUGCCAAAUACUUACGUUCAAUUAUUAAAUUAUGGUAUUACAUUCCCAUCAGCUCUAUAAACCGUUAGUUUAGUCAUUUUAUUUUAUUUUACAGUUGACACAUGCAGGAAUCAUUGUUGGUGUACUAAAUAAUAUACUUUACAAUAUGAUAAUUUGUGUCCUGUAUCUAAAUGACCUGUAUUCAGAAUUAUCUUCAUUAUUUACUACACUUUUAAUGCAAGUUUUACCUUUUAUCCUGUAUUGCUAUAAACAACUCAUGUAAUCCUCUCCAAGUAUACAACAUAAUUGUUAUUGUGGUGUUUAUUGCUUAUAUUAAUCCAUAAGAAGUUACAAUUCGUCAUUACAGGGGUCGGAUAUCUUGUUAUUCAGGUGCCUUCAUAAAUUAGUUUGUUCUUCAUUCAAGAAUAAAGAUUUUUUCAUAUA